UCUCAUUUCAAAGUUGAAUUUUUUUUUUAAUUUUGUUCUCUUUGUUUCUUGUUUGUGUUUUGCUUUUUGCUUUUUUUCCUGAUUCUUGUGAUGUCCAAAAAUAUUUCCAAUUCGGCCAUUAUUGGUAUUGGUCAUCCUUUAUUCGAUCUUAUUGUAUCGAAUGUUGAUGAAAAAUUUCUUCAACGUUAUCAACUUGAAUCUGAUAAUGUAAUACUUGCUAAUGAUGAUGAUGAUGAUGAUAUUCAUCAUACCUUAACGGAUGAUUUGCUUAAAUAUUUUGAAAAUAUUCAAUAUGUACCGGGUGGUUCAGUACAAAAUACAAUACGUGUUGCACAAUGGUUUUUUGAUCAACCAAAAAUCUGUACAAUUUUUGGCUGUAUAGGUAAUGAUGAUUUUGGUCGACAAAUGAAAGAAAAAAUCGAAAAUAUUGAUAAUGUUCAAUCAAUUUAUUGUAUCGAUAAUGAAAAACCGACAGGAAAAUGUAUAUGUUUGAUAAAUAUUGAUUCCGGUGGUCAUCAUCAUCGAUCAUUGAUUACAUUUUGGGAUGCAUGUCAUAAAUUUCGUAUGGAAAUUCUACAACAAAAUCUUUCAAUAUUAAAUGAUGCAAAAAUUAUUUAUACAUCCGGUUUCUUUUUAGUAUCAAAUCCUGAAUGUGUACAAUUAUUAGCCGAAUUAUGUCAAAAAUCAAUUGAUAUUAAAUUUGCAUUCAAUUUAUCUGGAUCGUAUGUGGUAAAAAAUUAUUCACAACGUUUAUUGAAAAUUUUUCCCUACAUUGAUCUUUUAUUUGGAAAUAUAACCGAAACAUUUUCAUUUGCUCGAACACUUGAUUGGAUACAAAAUGAAAAUAAUGAUAAAAUUGAUGAUAUUGUUGAAAAAAUGGUACAUUUAGAAUCAACAAAAACCAAUCGAAUAGUAAUUAUUACACAAGGUCCAGGUGAAAUUAUUGUUGGAACAACUAGAAAUUCAAUUCAAAGAUUUUCUGUACCAUCGAUUCCAUUCGAUGAAAUUAAUGAUACAAAUGGUUCAGGUGAUGCAUUUGUUGGUGGAUUUCUUGCCUAUUAUCUAAUUGGACGUUCAAUAAAUGAUUGUAUCGAUGCCGGUAUUUAUGCAGCUCAACAAGUGAUACGUUGUUGUGGUUGUACAUUACCGAAAGUGAAUAAACUUCGAUUAUUAUCAAAGUGAUUUAUUCAUCAUUGUUUUUUUACCUUUAUCAUUUUAUGGAUGUAACAAUUAUAAUGACAUCAUAACAUUUAUUAGAUUUAACCGUAAUAAAA